AAAACAAAGCCACUUUCAGGUUCUACAGAUUGAGUUUCUGCACCAAGAAAGAGGUACCCCCAUAACGGUGCCAAUCCCAAUCAUCCCCGUCUUGGACAGUGCCGGUCCAGAUGGGCAUCUGGCCUGCUGCUUUCGUACAUCUCCACCUGUCUUCUUUCUCUGCCUUUCAGAGUGAAACAUCUUUCAGUCUAAUAUCAGAAAAAUGUGACAUUCUAUCGAUUCUUCGGGAUCAUCCUGAAAACAGGAUAUACCAGAGGAAAAUCCAGGAACUCAGCAAAAGAUUCACUGCGAUCCGCAAGACCAAAGGGGAUGGAAACUGCUUCUACCGGGCCUUGGGCUACUCCUACCUGGAGUCUCUGCUGGGCAAGAGCCGAGAGGUCCUCAAGUUCAAAGAGCGUGUGCUACAGACUCCCAAUGACCUCCUGGCUGCCGGCUUUGAGGAGCACAAGUUCCGGAACUUCUUUAAUGCUUUUUACAGCGUGGUAGAGCUGGUGGAGAAGGAUGGCACAGUGUCCAGCCUGCUGAAGGUGUUCAACGACCAGAGCUCCUCAGACCGCAUCGUGCAGUUCUUACGCCUGCUCACCUCAGCCUUCAUCAAGAACCGCGCCGACUUCUUCCGGCACUUCAUCGAUGAGGAGAUGGAUAUCAAGGACUUCUGCACCCAUGAGGUGGAGCCAAUGGCCAUGGAGUGCGACCACAUCCAGAUCACUGCCCUGUCCCAGGCCCUGAACAUCGCCCUGCAGGUGGAGUACGUGGACGAGAUGGACACUGCGCUGAACCACCACGUGUUCCCAGAGGCUGCCAUCCCUUCCGUUUACCUGCUCUAUAAAACAUCCCACUACAACAUCCUCUAUGCAGCCGAUAAACAUUGAUUAAUUUUAGGCCAGGCAGUGGAACCUGUCACCUAACGGACUGUAUUCUGAAUGGAACAUUCCGGCUUUUCAAUUUUUUAAGCGAUUUAGCCUGUAGCUAGAACAUAUACAACCUUCUGGGCAAAGCCACUGAGAGUGAGACCUGUCCGUCAGGGACUGCAGUGGCUUGGUGGAAUUUUUGGUUAUUUCUUUUGAUGGAAGAUCUCAUGGCUGCUAACUCUGGGCCAGGAACCCAGGGACCCCGACCGGCUCCCGACCUGUUUAUUCAUCUGGAAGAGCUUCCUGCCAGCGUUAGCAUGCUGGUGUAUAGAAGCUGGGGACUUCUGGUUCUGCUUCACCAAGGGGCAGUGCCCCUCUGUAGGGAAGAAGAACUCAAGGUCAGUCACCACCCAAGUGACACAGCAGCUAUACAAAAAGACUUCUCCCAGCCACGUGUGGCUGGCCGUUGGUGGAUGCGGACUGGACGUGAGGGUCUUCACGCAGGUCUAAGCACCAUGGCUGUACUUUCCCGCUCCUCACCGGGGGAGACAGAGACUCAUGCCAAAGUCCCAGAAAAGGGCUUUAGCUUUCACUACAAAGCUCAGGUUGUUGGGGCCCCUCCACCCCUCAGUGGCAGAACUGACUUUCGGAGGGCAGGCCCUUUAAGGUCUGGACCAAAUUCUACGUGCUCGCGUCUGGCUACUGCUGCCCAUCAUCCCCAUGAGUCUUAGAAGUAGAGUCUAAGCCCUCAACUGGGUAGGGUUUUGGGCAGCUUGGACGCUGAGCAGAACAGACGUUGCCUAAGGCUGGCGGGGAAGAUAGAAGCCAUAGAAAUGGGCAGUAGAUGUUUCCAUAGGGGGAGACUACGUGCCAGGAGCCCCCCGCUCAUCCUCCCUAGACGUGCCCCCUAAAUAGCUUCUCACUCUGCCGUCUCAGGUGCUCAAGGAGGCACACCCUGGGCUGGCAGGUAAGAAGGCACCCAUCAGGGACCCACCUGGCAGGGCCGAGGUGCUGCAGGCCCCUGACUGUGGGGUGUGGGGUUCCCCUUCAGGGCCUACCUUUGCCAGGUUUCCUUCUGCAGGGAUUUGUAGUCUACUGGUGCUACUACGGAAGGCUGCCGACUGUGCGCCAGGGCUGCGGAGCAGAGCGUUUGUGCUUUGCUUCUGACCUUGGUGAAAGCCAUCCGCACUUAAGAUGUCCUGGGUCUUCAGGUUGGGGCCCUCGAGCCAACAAUGGCCUCAGCUAGCAUUUGGAUCUAAGGGCUCAAGUUAUUGUGUCACUUUCCCACAGGAAUUAGAAAACCUCGCCACCUGCUCUGGGUAGGUGUGCUGGGGUCCAGGACAGAUACCCUGAAGAGCAGGGACAUCCCAAAUUUCCUGUCAUCUCGCCAGACCCAUCUCCAGGGUGUCGGUUUCCAAAUGGAAGAGCAUGCCCGUGGGGCCUGACGGGUGCCCUGAACUGCUCCGAGUUCACACGGGUCCACGGCUUGCAUUUGUGGUUUAGGAAUGUUCUCUGUGACAGAUUUUCUGGCAACAUUCCUUGCAGCUCACGUGUA